AUGGCCAAGAACGAUUCCAAGGGCGCCAACAUGCAUAUCCCGCCUCAAUUCAGACCAAUUUUCGAUGCGAAAACCCCAGAUGAUCGCAUAAGAGCCUGGAUUAAUCUCGAGAUGAACGAAGACGGCUCCCUCAAAUCCGGCAACUGGAUGCGCGAGGUAAUGCCGCACGUAAAACUCCUCUCAACGUCCCCCGAAGGUCCCCAUCCCUCGGCAACCUUCUCGUUCACCGUCCAACCGGACCACUGCAACAGGGGCAACAACCUCCACGGCGGCUGCGCGGCGACCCUCUUCGACCUGCUCACCACCUUGCCCCUGGCGCUGGUCAACGACAAGCCUGGAUUCUGGCAGUUCCUGGGCGUUUCCCGCACGUUGAACUGCAGUUACCUGCGCCCGGCCCCCUGCGGCACCGAGUGCAUCGUCGAAUGUGAGAUUGUCCAGAUUGGCCGCACGCUGUGCCAGCUCAAGGGGGUGUUGCGUCGUAAGAGCGACGGCACUAUUCUGGCUACGUGUGAGCAUCACAAGUACAACACCGAUCCGCCCCCGAGCAAGUUGUAG